AUGGUCAAACUUUACCACACUCAUGAACUCUCACCAAAACAAUGUUCUUCAAUGCUAGUCCAAACCAUAGAUGCACCUCUUCCCUUGGUAUGGUCUUUGGUCAAAAAAUUCGACAAGCCACAAUGCUAUAAGAACUUCAUCAGCAGCUGCACUUUACUUUCUGGUGAUGGUGGUGUUGGGAGUAUAAGGGAAGUCACGUUAGUUUCUGGAUUUCCUGGUAAAAAAAGCAUAGAAAGGUUCGAUUUUCUUGAUGAUGAAAUGCAUGUUUGUGUGUUCAGUGUUGUUAAUGCCGAUCACAGUUUCUUGAACUUCAAAUCUACUAUCACUUUGCAUGAAGAAGAAGAAGAAGAAGAAGAUGAUGAUGGCGGCAAAGUAUUGAGCAGUACUGGGAAGAGUACAGUGGCUAUUGAGUCUUAUGUUGUGGAUUUUCCUGAAAAUAGUUGUAAAGAUGAUACAUGUGAGGUGACUGAUAAUAUCUUGAGAUGGCAACUUAGAUCUUUAGCCUGGGUAGCUGAAAAUAUGGCUAUUUCUGGAGUUUCUUCUUUGGAUUUGAAGAAAACAUGA